AGUACAGUAGUAGCAGACCAGCAGCACGGCACCACCACAGUCGUCUCUCCUCUCUCACCCACCCACCCUCACCAAAUCCUCCCCUCAUCCAUCUUCUUCACCUCAGCUCCUCUCCUCUAGGCUCUUGCUUGUUACCUCAUCGAUGAGAACACCACCAACAUCUAUCGUCAACACACAUCUCCAAAACCAAACAAGAUCAAUCUCCUACGAAUAAAAUUUCUUUUGAUAGCUAGCUAUAUAGCGGCCCGGUCGGCUCAAUUAAUUAGCUUGCUUCAUCCUCCGACUAGUUCGAUAUGAUCCUCCAUCUAUAGAUUGAUUCUGUCUAUCAGUUUCAGUUGAGCUCCACUUUGUUCUAGCCUCAUCGAUCCCCCUAGCUAGGUAACUAGCAAGUCAAUCAAGCAAUUAGAUCUCCAUAUAUGGAGCUCUUCCCCCUGCAGCCGGACCUGUCGCUGCAAAUCAGCACCCGCCCGAGCAGCUCCUCCUCCGCGCCGGCGGCCUGGCGGACACAUUCGUCACCGGACUCCGGCGAUAACAGCACCACCACGACGGCUCGAUUCCACCACCUAGGGUUUUGGCGAGCCACCGACACGACGUCAGCGACCCUGCCGGCUUCCGACCACCUCCUCUCCUUAGCCGCCACCGCCACUACAAGUCCUACAAGCACCAGCGGUAGCGGCAGUGCUGCUGCUGCUGCGGCGAGCACCGUGCCUGCUUGUUACCACCACACAAAUAUAAGCAGUAGUAGUACCAGUGGUGGUGCAAGCUACGACAAGCAACAGGUUAGCUCUACCAGCAACGGCCAUGGCAGCUGCUACUCCAAGCAGCACUACCACCUGAGGAACGAUUUGCUCAAGCCGAUAAGAGGAGUCCCAAUAUACCAUCACCACAACCAUCCCUUCCAAUUCCAGCAGCAGCAGCACCACCAGCAUCACGUGAUGAUGGGGAGGUCGAGGUACCCGCCAAGGCGGCGAAGCGUGCGGGCGCCAAGGAUGCGGUGGACGACCACGCUGCACGCGCGCUUCGUCCACGCCGUCGAGCUCCUUGGGGGCCAUGAGAGGGCUACUCCCAAGUCAGUGCUGGAGCUCAUGGAUGUGAAGGAUCUCACCUUGGCCCAUGUCAAGUCUCACUUGCAGAUGUAUCGCACAAUAAAAAACACCGACAAAUCUGCAGUUUCUUCAGGAGAAAACAAUGGAUUCGAGAAGGGGUCAGCAGGAGAGAUAUCCGAUGAUAGCUUUUCAGAGAUCCGCAGCAGCCGACAGAUGGAUGAGUCGUCGUUAGCACAAAAUGGGAUUAGUGGUAAUGGGAAUUCUCACGCGAGCAGAAAUUACAGUACUGGUGGUCUAUGGACCAACUCUUCAAGCAGAGCAGGCUGGUCUGAUUUCGGCUCACCGAAGGAAUCAAAUAGUAAAGCCACAAGGGAAAAUCUCAAGGAAGCUCCGUCAUCAAAGAGUUUGGAGAUAUCAGAAAUGAAUGUAUCAUGCAUAUCUGAGACAUCAAGUCCACCGGCCGGGCAGCCAAAUCUUGAGUUUACACUAGGGAGGCCACAAUAACAAGAUCGAUCGAGUAUGAAAUUAAGGAAACACCCCAAGGAAUAUAAUAGAUAUUUCGUCUAACUAGCUUGAUCCAGUCACCAAGAAUGAAAGCUGAAAAAAAGAAGAGAAAGGGAUACUUUCAGCUAUUACAUCUUCCCUAGCUCCACUAUAUAUGUGUGCGUUUGUGAAAAUUAUGAGAGGUAGCUAGUAGUACGUGAGAGUUGUCUUAUACUCCAUGGUUUGCGCUACGUAUAAUAUGAAGUCCUAUAAGGAGUAUGCUAUUUAAAGAUUGAUGUAUAUGUAUUUUGCAUGGAAUGUGGGAGCUGAAGAGAUCGAGGACGGAGUUCAUCUUUAAUUUCUACUGCUGCCACAAAUUAAAGUGGAAAAGGAGAGAGGCUCGUCCACGUGCAGCUCCCAUUCA